AUGUUAAUUAUGAUCACGUUUCCCAAGGAGAAACAUGCUCAUGACCUUCUGCAUCUUGUCCAAAUCCUUAUUUUGCUUUCUCUCACUGCUGCUUUAGCUAGUGUGUUACGGCUCCGCCGGAACGCGAAAAAAGCUCUUGUCAUCGACCCGCCGCUGCCUCCCGGCCCCCGCGGCUUGCCACUGGUGGGAUACCUUCCUUUCCUGAGUCCAUACCUAUACGAGGACUUCUCCAAGUUGGCAACCGUGUAUGGCCCAAUUUUCAAGUUCUGGAUGGGAAACAAGCUAGGCGUGGUGGUCACUUCGGCGCCGCUGGUUAAAGAAGUGGUCCGCGACCAAGAUGUAGUGUUCGCCAACCGCGGCUUUAGUACCUGUGGAUAUGUCGCCACUCACGGUGGCCACGAUAUCGCAUUUGCACCGUACGGACCAGAAUGGAAGAAGCUUCGUAAGAUCUUUGUUCGGGAGAUGUCAAAUAACACAGUCCUAGCCGGUAAUCUGAGCAGCCUGAGAAGAGAAGAAGUGAAGAAAUCCAUUAGGCAAAUCUACAAGGACAUGAUUGACACCCCAGUUGAUAUCAGAAGCUUGGCGUUCCAAAUGGCCAUAAACUCCGUUAUUAGCAUGACGAUCAGUGCGUCGGAGGGGGAUAAUGCCAUCAUCAAUGUUGUCGAGUUUCAAAAGGCAGUGGAGGAGUUACUUGCACUAAUUGGGAAACUGAACGUCUCGGACGUUUUACCUGCGAUUGCGCGGUUUGAUAUACAGGGAAUCGAAAAAGACACUAGGAAGAUUACUCUAGCGAUCGAAGCGAUCUUCGAUUACGCCAUAGCAAAACGGAACGAGAAUGCGAAAAAUCAUGAGGCCAAGGAAAUUAUGAGGAAGGACUUUCUACAAGUCCUUUUGGAGCUUCAUCAUGAGCAUGAAGAUCAUACUAGUGAAACGUCUAUUAGUAUGCCAGAAAUCAAAGCCUUGCUCAUGGACGCUUUGUUGGGCGCCACGGACACAACGACAACAGUGGUGGAGUGGACAAUGACAGAGAUUCUCAAGCAUCCCGAGAUAAUGAGUAAAGUUCAGGAAGAGUUGACACAAAUUGUGGGGUUGAACAACAACGUUGAAGAGGUUCAUUUGUCCAAACUUAACUAUUUGAAUGCUGUCGUCAAGGAAACGUUUCGAUUACACCCACCAUUGCCCCUUCUAGUACCCCGUUGUCCGAGCCAAUCGGCAAUCGUCGGCGGUUAUCUUAUACCCAAAGGUUGUACAGUUUUCCUGAACGUUUGGGCUAUCCAAAGAGACCCAAGCGUCUGGGAAAACCCUCUGGAGUUUCAACCUGAGAGGUUCCUCAUGACCAAUGCUGAACACCAAUUGAAUCAUAACUUCUCGGGCAACAAUUUCAGCUAUUUUCCGUUCGGAGCUGGGAGAAGAAUAUGCGCAGGGGUCUCCCUAGGCGAGAAAAUGUUGAUGCUUAUGUUGGCUUCUAUGUUACAUUCCUUCGAGUGGAAAUUGCCUCUUGGAGCAAACCUUGAUUUAUCAAACAAGAGUGGGAUGAUUAUUAAGAAAAAGGAACCUCUGCUGUCUAUUCCUACACCCAGACUGUCUCACUCACUACUCCACAUUUGA